UAAUCCCUUAUGAGUUAUGAGAACGAGGGUAACGAAAGAAGGUCCUGGCGGCGGAUCCAGGUACUGAAACUGAGACAUAACAUAACACACAGUGUCGUACAAUGCAUAUCCCUGAUACUUAAAUCUAACGGUUAUUAUGAAACCUAUAUCAUUUAAUCUAACGGUUAUCCCUUCAACCGCGUUUACGAAGCCAACCCAAUGAAUCCUUCAUCCUCUUAUACCCUCCUUGCCGCGCCCUCUUUUCUCUCUCUUACUCUCAUUCUCCAGAUUCACCCUUUCUCUCUCUAAAACCGUUCUUUCUUUCUUUGUUCUUCACCAUUUUCAGUUAUAGAGAGAGAAAGAAAGAGAGAACAAACAACCGUUGAUUUAUAACGAUGCAACAAUCAAACGGUUCUGAUUCAUCCACGCAACCGGAGACCAACAAACAACGGCAACAUACACCGCAACCGGUUGCGCUACCACAACAGUGGGUUCCGAUGCAGUAUCCAACGGCGAUGGUAAUGCCACAUCAUAUGAUGCCACAUCAGCAUUACGCGCCGCCGCCUUAUGUUCCUUAUCAUCACCAUCAUCACCACCAGUAUCAGCAACCGUUGCACGUGCCACAUCAGCAGCAUCAGAAUCAUCAACAACAACAACAACAACAUGGAUCCAAUGGUGAAAAUAAGACUCUGUGGAUUGGUGAUUUACAUAGCUGGAUGGAUGAAAAUUAUCUUCAUCGCUGUUUUGCUUCCACCGGCGAGAUUUCCUCCAUCAAGGUUAUUCGCAAUAAGCACAGUGGUAUUUCAGAGGGUUAUGGAUUUGUGGAAUUUUUUUCACAUGCUACAGCUGAGAAAGUUUUACAGAAUUAUACUGGAAUUUUGAUGCCAAAUGCUGAACAAAUGUUCCGUUUGAACUGGGCUACAUUUAGCACAGGAGACAAGGGUUCAGAUAAUGUUACUGAUCUUUCUAUUUUUGUAGGAGAUUUAGCUGCUGAUGUUACAGAUAGCGUAUUGCAUGAAACUUUUGCUAGUUCAUAUCCUUCUGUUAAAGCUGCAAAGGUUGUUUAUGAUGCCAAUACUGGCCGUUCAAAGGGCUAUGGAUUUGUCAGGUUUGGAGAUGAAAACGAGAGAUCUCAGGCCAUGACUCAAAUGAAUGGUGUUUACUGUUCUAGCAGGCCCAUGCGUAUCGGUGCUGCAACUCCAAGGAAAUCAUCUGGUCAUCAACAAGGAGGCCAGUCAAAUGGCACAUCCAGCCAAUCUGAAGCAGAUUCUACAAACACAACUAUAUUUGUUGGAGGACUCGACCCUAAUGUUUCAGAUGAAGAUCUUAGGCAGACAUUCUCCCAGUAUGGUGAGAUAGCAUCUGUUAAGAUACCUGUUGGAAAGGGCUGUGGUUUUGUGCAAUUUGCAAACAGAAAUAAUGCUGAAGAGGCUUUGCAGAAGCUAAAUGGGACAAUGAUCGGCAAGCAAACCGUUCGUCUCUCUUGGGGCCGCAAUCCAGCAAAUAAACAGCUUAGGUUUGAUUUCGGAAGCUGGGCUGGGCCAUAUUUUCCAUCCCCUAUUUAUGACGGAUACGGAUAUGCAAUGCCUUCUCCUCAUCAUGAUCCAAGCACGUACCCUCUAGCUUAUGGAGGUUACCCCAUUUAUGGAGGCCACCAACAACAAGUAAGCUGAUUGAAGUGCAUUGCAGGAGUAGGACUCACAACAAGUUACAGCGAGAUCACUUGAACGAGCAAAUCAUCUAUUCUCAUAUGUAACUUGUUUUAUUUGUCGAGUUCUUAAAGAAUCCCUCCUAAUUGUGGAGUGGAGCUGAAUUUUGAUAACACGAGCUAGAACUGUAGGGGUUCAAUUAAUCGUUAUUUUAGACUUGUAGGAUUAAUUUCUACCAAAAGAAGACUUCUAGGAGUAAUGAUUAUUGAGGAAUUUGGAACUUAAUUAUCGGAAUAAUUUUCUUAACGGUGUGUGCUUGAUUGAAAUUUUA